UGGUCGAUGACGUCACGAACAUCAACAUUAGCCAGACGCUUAGACCAUCAUUCAAAGUCAACAGAACCUGCGAGUUUUCUCUAGUUUGACCUUUCAAGUUUUCCAGUUUUUCCUGUGUUCAGUGACCAUCAACAGAUUUAAUAUUUUAAGGACAUGAAAUAUUACCGCAUAUCCAUAGUAUUUUGAAAGUAGAACAGCUCUCUUUCGAACCGGCGCUGUUUUAUGAAGCUGUGAAGUGAAGGUCGAUCAAAUCUAUUGUUAAUUUGAAGUUCAAACAUGCAAAAGUACGAAAAGCUAGAAAAAAUCGGCGAAGGAACCUACGGCACCGUUUUUAAAGCCAAAAAUAGGGAGACACACGAAAUCGUUGCACUAAAACGAGUUCGUCUAGACGAUGAUGAUGAGGGUGUUCCUUCUUCAGCACUCAGGGAAAUUUGCCUCUUAAAAGAACUAAAGCACAAGAAUAUUGUCCGGCUGUACGAUGUUCUUCACAGCGAUAAAAAGUUGACGCUGGUGUUUGAGCAUUGUGAUCAGGACCUGAAAAAGUAUUUUGACAGCUUAAACGGUGAAAUAGACCCAGAUGUGGUCAAGUCUUUUAUGUAUCAACUUCUCCGAGGACUAGCUUUCUGCCACAGCCACAACGUUCUUCACCGUGAUCUCAAACCCCAAAAUCUGCUUAUAAAUAAGAAUGGCGAGCUGAAACUGGCCGACUUUGGACUUGCUAGAGCGUUUGGUAUUCCCGUUAAGUGCUACUCGGCCGAAGUUGUCACCCUUUGGUACCGUCCGCCAGACGUUCUAUUUGGAGCAAAACUCUACACCACAUCCAUUGAUAUGUGGUCGGCAGGAUGCAUAUUUGCUGAGCUGGCCAAUGCUGGUCGACCUCUGUUUCCUGGCUCGGACGUCGACGACCAGCUUAAACGAAUUUUCAAGUUGCUUGGAACUCCAACCGAAAGCACAUGGCCCGGUGUGACCCAGUUGCCGGACUUCAAAGCAUUCCCAAUCUACCACCCAAGCAUGAGCUUCUCUCAAGUGGUGCCAAAACUGAGCUCCAAAGGGCGCGACCUUCUGCAGCACUUGCUGGUCUGCAAUCCGGCCCUGAGGAUGUCGGCUGAUGACGCGAUGGCGCACCAGUAUUUCAGUGAUCUUAGCUCGGCCAUAAAGAACGACCGCUGUCAAUAGCAUGAGAAUGACGCUGGCCGCAAACGAACUCACUCGCUUGUUUAGCAACGGUGCCAUUUUACACUUUUUAGAAACAUCUAGUCUGGCGUCAGUCUAGUUUUCAAAGUUGAACGCAGCAGUUUUCCUUGCGACACUAGAGUGGCUACACUUGUGUGCAAUCACAAAAGUUAUGCUCCACGGUUAAUUGUAACAAUACUAUGGUCUACUUUGUAUCAGAUGUGUUGGUAGAGUAGGCUGAGUGGUAAGUACUCCCGUAUAAACUCAUUAAAUUAUGAAUUUCCUGUGUACUCCCUUUAUUUUGAAGGGCUAAGUGUUUGUUGGGAUUUUGAUAAUUACUGUUAAAAUCUGUUAAUCCAAUCAUAUUGGGUAGAUGAGAUUUAAUUUUAUAUAUUUGAAUUAUACGAAAAAAUAUGUGAUGUUUAAUAUUUAAUUGAUAUGAUGUAAUCAAAUCAUGCGUACUUAAAGCGUAUUAUUAAAUUAUUCACUAUAAGGAA